AAUUAAGUUAUUAGCCAACAUGUUGAAGUUAUUUUUUGCGCUGCUAAGUUUAUUCAUAUUAACGGAGGCUGCAUUGGUUAGCGUACCUUUGUAUAAGAUCCGGGAAUCGAAACAGAAAUCCAAUGAAUUGAUGAAACUGAGAGGCAAAUACAAGGUAAAGGAUGCCUGCAAGGUGUACAAAGAGAAACUGUUCAACUAUGUUGAUGAUUCGUAUUAUGGUAAAAUUACCGUGGGUACUCCACCACAAGAUUUUUUAGUGCUUUUUGAUACUGGUUCCUCAAAUAUGUGGAUACCUACUGCACCCUGCUCCUCGCAAAAUUGGGCCUGCCAAUACCACAACAGUUAUAAUGGCAGUAAUUCAUCAACUUACCAAUAUAUUGGUGAAAGUUUUGCCAUUCAAUAUGGCAGCGGCAGUUUGUCCGGCUAUUUGGUACAAGAUACCGUAAACGUUGAAGGUUUGGCUAUUCAGAAUCAAGUAUUUGCUGCUGCCACUAAUGAACCGGGUGAGACAUUUGUUUACUCUCCUUUUGAUGGUCUCAUUGGUAUGGCUUUCCAAACUAUUGCUGUCGAUAAUGUUGUGCCACCUUUCUAUAAUAUGGUUUCGCAAAAAUUGGUGGAUUCCGAAGUAUUCUCCUUUUACUUGGCCCGUAAUGGUACUUCAGCUGAAGGUGGUGUCAUGGUUUUGGGCGGCAACGAUCCCGAUCAUUAUACAGGCGAGCUACGUUAUGUUCCUGUUUCCACCCAAGGUUAUUGGCAAUUUGAAAUGAGAGCGGCCCAUGUUCAGGAUACUAGAGUGUGUCACUACUGCCAAGCCAUUGCUGAUACUGGUACCUCACUCAUUGGUGUACCUUCCGAUGUGUAUUUGAGUCUACAAACCGCCAUUGGUGCUACUUUCAAUGCAAGUACUUAUGAAUUCCAGUUGAAUUGCUCCACCAUUGAUACUUUGCCUGAUGUAAACUUCCACAUUGGUGAUGGCAUCUACACCUUGGAACCCAGCGAUUAUAUUCUUGAAUUUGAGGACCAAUGUUCUACCGCUUUUGAGGAUGCUGGCAUGAAUAUCUGGAUUUUGGGUGAUGUUUUUAUUGGUAAAUACUAUACCAGCUUUGAUUUGAAACAUAAACGUGUUGGUUUUGCUAGAGCUGUUUAAGCAAAAUUUCAGUAGUUCUGUUUUCAUUCUUCGAGCAAAUUCUAAUCAAGUUGAGCAUUUAAAUGCUAAAAUAAAUUAAGUGAAAAUUAAAAAUAAAA